AUGUUCAUCUAUCGCUGCCAGUCUGUUCAUAUCUAUCUCAAUCUAUCUAUCUAUCUAUCUAUCUAUAUUCAGAUCUAUCUAUCUCUGUCUCUGUUCAGAUCUAUCUAUCUAUCUAGGUAUUUAUCUAUCUAUCUAUCUAUAUUCAGAUCUAUCUAUAUCAUCUUUGUGGGUGACAAAUUUUUUCCACCCUCCGAACUCUCUCUCUCUAUAUCUCUCUCUAUCUCUCUCUCUCUCACGGGCAAUUUUUUCCACCCUCCGAACUCUCUCUCUCUCUCUCUCUCACGGGCAAUUUUUUCCACCCUCCGAACUCUCUCUCUCUCUAUCUCUCUCUCUCUCUCACUGGCAAUUUUUUCCAACCUCCGAACUCUCUCUCUCUCUAUCUCUCUAUCUCUCUCUCUCUCUCUCUCACGGGAAAUUUUUUCCAACCUCCGAACUCUCUCUCUCUCUAUCUCUCUAUCUCUCUCUCUCACGGGCAAUUUCCCCCGACCCCCCCCAACUCCAGCCUUCCUACGCAUUUUGAAGCGAACUAUUUCUCUUCGCGGAGGCACCUGUUAA